AUGUCUAUGAAGAAAAAAUACGAGCCCAUCGAUCCCUUGGCCGCAACUGAGUCGUUGGGUUUCCAGACCCACCGCAGAGGUGCUAGAAAGCCUUGGACAAGACAAGAAGAUGAAGCUUUGAUCCACUUGAUAGGACAAAUGCAUCCAGAUACCACACAACUAGACCCUGAAACGGUGAAAUGGGAUGCAUUGGCCGAGCAGCUUUCUCCUGAUGGACUACGGAAACCAAAGGAUUUGAGAAAACGUUGGUGUAAUUCAUUGGACCCCAGCUUGAGGAGGGGAAGAUGGACGAAAGAAGAAGAUGAUAUGUUAGUCAAUGCUUACAAGACAUAUGAUGCCAAUUGGCAAAGGGUGGCUAAAGAAAUACCUGGACGGACUGAUGAUCAAUGUGCAAAACGGUACUUGGAAGUAUUGGAUCCAGAAACGAAAGAUAGGUUGAGACCAUGGAGUAGAGAAGAGGAUCUUAAGUUGAUACGACAGGUAAAGUUACACGGAACAAAGUGGCGCACAGUUUGUUUGGACUUAAAGGGCCGUCCGUCUCUCACGUGUCGAAAUCGAUGGCGUAAAAUCGUCACUGAUGUAGUGCGAGGCACCGCCGAUGCGUAUGUGGAGGAAGAGGUUAGGGCGAUCACGAGUAACGAUAAUACUUUGAAAGAUGACAGACCUAUUCCUAAAAGUGAGAUGGAUCCACCACGUCCUCGAAAAGAAAAUACUGUACCGCCGGCGCCGCCAUUGGGAGCAAAACCAGCUUCCAGUAAUAUUGAUUGGCGUUACUCGUUGGAACUGACACGAGCUACACCUGCUGAUUCCGAGCUUCCUCAUCGCUUACUCUUUGAUAACGAAAAUGGAGGAGCCAUAAAAAAUGAACAAUUGGUUCAAGCAUUAAUUUCCUAUGCAAAGUCACAUCAUUUGGAAAUCACGGUGCAUCAGCAUAUUCACCACCACUACUCAUCGCAGGUUCCACAAGACGUGGGUUUGUCAGGGCUGGCCAUACCGAACCUCAAUAUUCUCAACCAAAUCUCACCUCCCCAAUUUGACAAUCUUCUGCUUUCACCCAUAGGUUCAAAUCCAGUCGAUACCGGCCGCAAUUAUGAACUGGAAGUCAAGCGACAUCAGCAUUUCAACUAUUUGCCGCCAUUGACUGAGGUUCCCAAACUCAAUUCCUCCAAUACCCUGCCGGCUCUCGGUCAACGUGAGAUGCGAUCUCCGCCUGAUCCUACGAGGGAUCAGGGACUUUAUCGGUUGCUCAAUAAUAAGCAAAAGGACAAUCUUACUCCACUAACUCGUGCAGUAGAGAUGGCAUCAGCAGUAGAAGCCAAUGACCAGCUUCGAACCAACAAUUCUCUCGCGCGCUCGCUGCAAACAGACCGGGGUCACUACAAGCGCCAGAAGUACGAACCGAGUGAGGAAGAAGAGAUAGAAGAAGGUCCUGAUUUCUGGGAAACGAUGAGAAACUUGACCGAGGUGCAACAACGUCAAGUGUCGCAGGAACCAGUCUCGGCUCACCACCCGCUACAUUACCAAGGAAGCUCUACACCUCAGCCCACUCCACAAUUUAACUAUUCAAUGAUGUCUCAGGCACAACCAGCGUAUGAUGAAGAAGAGGAUAUGGAUAUGUUUUACGAAACUCGCAGAGACGGCACGGCAACUUCAUCGGACCCUUCGAUGUACGACUCCAUUAUCCAAGGAUACGGGGUGAUUCCCUUUAACCCGUCAUAA